UGCGGGAUGAUAGUCGUUCCAUUGAAAACGUCUAGGAACAGCCCCCGGCUUCAGACCCUUGCGGUCUGACGAAGGAAGAUGGUCGCUAGGGUUUAAAUUUGACCAUAGUGUGCAACAUGUCAGAAUCUGGCCACAGUCAACCUGGCAUGUACGGACAGGGAAGGAGGAGAAGGCGACGCCGAGACAGGGAUGUGGGUCCCCCGGGGCAAAACCUCUCUGGUCCCAGUCGAGAUCGGGAAUAUGUCCCCAGAGAACGCAGGGAUGGCAGUGAGGAGCCUCCAGGACCACUCCUUCAGAAGACCCCCAUCAUCCUGGCCAAACCCCCUGGAGAACGGUCCAAGCCUUCCCAGAGUGUACCCAUCAGUGGAGGCCAGGCCCUGGAGAAGCCCAUCAUGCUCAUCAAGUCCAGGGAGGACGGGGGGAAACCAGGGACCCCUCCUGAGGUGGCUUCUCCGGCCUCCGGCUCUGGGGCCUCAAAGCUAGAGAGGGAGGGCCAGCGCCCUACCCAACCUGUCUACCAGAUCCAAAACAGAGGCAUGGGAGCAGCUGCUUCCAGCGGUGCUGUGGACCCUGUGAUUGGCCAGACCAAGCUCGUCCCCCCUGAGAAGAUGAAGCACAGCAUCAAGCUGGUGGACGAUCAGAUGAACUGGUGUGACAGUGCCAUGGAGUACCUAAGGGACCAGACAGACAUGUUGGUAGUGGGAGUCAUUGGCCUGCAGGGAACAGGGAAAUCCACCAUCAUGUCUCUCCUGUCUGCCAACGCACCUGAAGAAGACCAAAGGGGCUAUGUGUUCAGGGCCCAGACUCAGGAGAUCAAAGAGAGAGGAGGGAACCAGAGCACUGGUAUUGACUUCUACAUUACCCAGGAAAGAGUCAUCUUCUUGGACACACAGCCCAUUCUCAGCCCCUCCAUUUUGGAUCACCUCAUCAACAACGACCGCAAGCUGCCUCCAGAGUACAACCUCCCUCACACCUAUGUGGAGAUGCAGUCUCUUCAGAUCACUGCCUUCCUGUUCACAGUGUGCCACGUGGUCAUUGUGAUUCAAGACUGGUUCACUGACAUCAACCUCUACAGGUUCCUCCAGACAGCAGAGAUGUUAAAGCCCUCCACCCCCUCAGCCAGCCACGACAGCACUGGUUCCUCUGGCAAUGAAGAGGGAUCAGAGUACUACCCUCACAUAGUCUUCCUGCAGAACAAAUCUAGUCGUGAUGAGUUCUGUCCCAGAAACCUGAAGAAGAUGCAUAUGGCAGUGGACAAGCUGAUGGCCCACUCCCAUCUGAAAUACAAAGGCACGUUGUCCAUGCUGGACUGUAAUAUUUUUCCUGGCCUGGACCGCGACUACCUGGAAACAGAGGUCAACAUGUUCCUGCUGCCCCUCAUGGAGAAUGAGGGGGAGGACGCGCUAACCAAAGCAGGGUCUGGGUCUGCCCCUCUCUUCUCUCUCCUCCCGGGCUACAGAGGACACCCUACCUUCUCCUCUCAGGUCUCCAAGCUCCGCAGCCAAAUCCUGGCCAUGUCCCGCUGUCAGCUGUCACACACCAUCCUCACAGAGAAGAACUGGUUUCACUAUGCGGCUCGCAUCUGGGACGGGGUGAAGAAGUCCUCAGCCCUGUCUGAAUACAGCCGUCUACAGGCCUAGCAACACUGUCAACCUGUUGUUAUGAAUAUACUGGAGGAAAUGGAUGUCCCUGUCCUACAUGAGGACCAGAAGAGACAGAGGGAGGUGGGUCUGGAGAUGGACAGUGCCAGUACUAUUGGGCUUACAGGUUCAGUCAGUGGUGAUAUGAGGUGUUUGAUGUUGAGGAGAGGUCCAUCUCAUCUCAUGGAACUACAGAUAGUUCAACUUUGGUGUCUUUGUAACAGAGGGAGAAAAAGGGACCGCUGAUAAGAUUCAGGUGUCAAUGUGACAGUAAAUAACCCUGCUAAGUGUUAGAAGAAUCAGAUGGUACAGAAAAUGACUGACUUUGAAAGAUACAUUCUGACUAACAUGAUAGAAAUGGUGAAAGUUAUAUUUAGUUGAAGCAUACAACGGUGCUGCUUCAUUUUUAUUUCAUAAUAUGUGAUUGUCUAAAGUAUUUGUUACCUGUUUACCUGAAAUGUUCAUUGUGUAAAGAUGGAGCUGAGAUUCAGGACGAGACACUUCUGCAACUUGACAAGAAUUUAUACAAAUAUGAUGUAAUCAUUAACAUUAAACCGAUAUACUCUGUUAUUCCUCCCUUCUUCUGAUGUAAUAACAUAAGAUUAUUGUUAGAACAUUCUGAAAGAGUAUAAAAUCCUUUGUAUAUCACCUCCUUUACAUUUCAGGCAAGUAAUAUUAAGUAUUAACUAGGAUUCUUUUCAAAUCCAGAAGCAAAAAAACAUUUUGGGAUUAUGCAAUCAUCCGACUGUCAUGGUGGUGAUAGAAUCCUUUAAAAAAAGAAUAGAUUUCAUGCUGUAGGUUAUAGAAAUUAAAUUGGUAUGGAUAUGCAAAAGGAAGCAUAGUAUUUCAUGUAUAUUUUUGGGCAAUAUAUUUCCCUUAUAUAAUAAAAAGGCACAGGUGCCUUGGUCAGAAUGUUGAUGAGUCUUAUCUCCUUGUUCAGAGGGGACUGCUUUCAGCUCCUCCACUGGCACAUUUGUUCAUCAGCAAGGCUCUGCAGAGACUCAUUAUCAAGACCAAAAGCCUGAUAGAUAUGGUUAUAUCUACACUAAAGGAGAGACCUGAAAUUGGUACUGUAUUGCUGCCACACAGCCAGAUACAAGAGCUGAUCUCCAUAUGUUGGCUUGGAGAGCCUCUUUCUUCCUCUGGUUGAUUUUCAUGUUGGAAAUGGAAGUUCCUUCUCCAUCGUCUUCCCCAACUUGAGGAAAUCAUAGAGAGGUACUGUAACUGGAGAUGAGGAAGACCUGAGACCACACCAUGAUACUUGAAGUCCUAAGAAGAGCAAAGCAAAUAAAAUCAAGACAAGUACAACCACAACAGUAACUAUGUUUCCAGUAACUUUGUCCAGUGAUUUAUUUUUUGGGGUCGACAUUUAGAAAGUUCGC